AUGAACAAGAUGCACGGAUACACGGAGGUGGGCACGAACAGCGUCAAGGGAGUGGAGGUAGACUUAGAGUCAGGGGAGACCUUGUACCCAGGGCUAAGCAAAGGCGAGAACCAGCUCCGAUGGGGUUUCAUUCGCAAGGUCUAUGGAAUCUUAGCCGCUCAGAUGGUUUUGACCACUCUCAUCUCCUUCGUCACCGUUCUCUAUGCUCCGAUCAACGAUCUCCUCAAGGGCAGCCCUGGAAUUCUCCUCUUCUUCGCCAUCCUUCCCUUAAUCUUGUUGUGGCCCCUGCAUGUGUAUCAGCAGAAGCAUCCCCUCAAUUUUGUCUUCCUUGGACUUUUCACUCUGUGUUUGAGUGUCACAGUGGGUGUGGCCGUUGCUAAUACAGAUGGAGCAAUUGUGCUUGAAGCCUUAGUUCUAACGUCAGCUGUGGUUGCAUCCUUGACCGCGUACACCUUCUGGGCUUCUAAGAAGGGCAAGGACUUCAGCUUCCUCGGACCAGUCUUGUUUACUGGCCUCAUUGUCCUCCUUGUAACCGGGUUCAUGCAGAUGUUCUUCCCUCUCGGCCCUACAACUAAUGCUGUUUAUGGUGCCAUUGGUGCUGUCAUCUUCUCUGGGUACAUCGUUUAUGACACCGACAACCUGAUCAAGCGCUUUACUUACGAUGAGUACAUCUGGGCCUCCAUCACCCUUUAUCUUGACAUUCUGAACCUGUUCCUGACUAUAUUGCGGAUGCUGAGGCAAAGCAACAAUUAG